CCAAGAUGGCCGUGAAGACGUUGAAGAUGACGAACGCCCCGAACGCACAAGCACAUUAACAAGCGAUAAAAACAUGGAAAAAGUGUAAGAAAUGGUUAUAAACCAUCAGAGAAGCCGCUGAUGAUGUUGGUAUAUCGAUUGGCUCAUCCUAUGAAAUUUUUUCAAAUGUUUUGGGUAUGAAACGCGUGGCAACAAAAUUUGUUAUAAAAUUGUUAAAUUUUGAACAAAAUCUUUGGCCAAAAACAAUACUGUAAUGAUGCCCCAGCCUCCAUAUUCGCCAGACAUGCCUCUGUCUGACUUUUUCCUAUUUCCAAAAAUAAAGAGAACCUUAAAGGACCGUCGUUUUGCAAGCAUAGAUGACAUUAAAAGCGCAUCGCUGAAAGAACUAAGGGCUAUCCCAAAGAUCGAGUUUUAGAAGUGUUUCGAGUAUUGGAAGAAGAGCUGGCACAUGUGCAUAAUAUCCAAUGGGGACUAUUUUGAAGGCGACAACAUUAAUGUAGACAAAUAAAUAAAUAUUUGUUUCAAAAAACGAAAAUUCCCGAUAUUUUCUGAACAUACCUCGUAUAUAUUUAAAGCCAACUAGCUCGCGCCUUAACUUAAAUCGUACAGUGUGAUAAUUAAAUGGUUACUGCAAUGAGCAAGAUUUGGUGGGAUCUGGUCCAACAAGGUUAUAUUAAAUUUUAAAAUAUCGGACAAAAAAAUUUGGCAAAAUAAUCGGUCAACGUUUAAAGAUUGAUGUUGCGUUUUGUGGAAAAUGAGAACGAUAUGUGUGUUGUUUUUUUGUUUUGUAAGUUGUUCCUGUCAACUUCAGAGCACUCUAGAACAGUUUAGGAGGAUUUUUAAUUUAAAUAAUAGCCCGCCAGUUGAUCCUUCAGUGAAUCUUAAAAAGGAAUAUGAUUUUAUUGUUAUUGGAGCAGGUUCUGGGGGGUCAGUGGUGGCCAACAGGCUAUCAGAACACCCCGAUUGGUCCGUACUGCUGCUGGAAGCCGGCAAAGACGAAAUCUUCCUUACCGACGUCCCUCUGCUGGCCGCAUUGCAGACUGUAACCUCUUACAACUGGGGGUACAAAAGCGAAAAAAUGAGGACGGCAUGCUUGGGCCUGGUGGGGUCAAAAUGCAACAUACCGCGGGGUAAAGGUUUGGGUGGAACGUCGAUUAUAAAUUUUCUUCUGUAUACUAGAGGGAAUAGGUUGGAUUUUGACCAAUGGGAGAAUAUGGGGAAUCCUGGGUGGGGGUACGAGGAGGUGUUGCCAUACUUCAUCAAGUCGGAAAAUUGUACUCUAUGCGAUGAUAUCGAUAGAGAUUAUCAUGGGUUUGAUGGAUACUUGAACGUGGAACAUUCCAGUUAUAACAGUCCCAUAUUGAAGGCUUUCCUGGAAUCUGCCGAAAGUAUGAGGUAUAAGAAUGUCGACAUAAACGGUGGCGAUGGUUUGGGUUUUUCCAAAGCCCAGGCUACCAUGAAGGGAGGGAGGCGUUGUAGCGCUUCAAAGGCGUUUUUGAAGCCCAUAUUACACAGAUCCAACCUGCACGUGUCUAUAGAAUCGCGUGUGACGAAAAUAUUGAUUGAUCCUGCUACAAAACAAGCCUAUGGAGUGGAGUUUUUAAAGAACAAGAAGAAAUAUAGAAUUCUCGCAAAAAAGGAGGUUAUUUUAUCUGCUGGUUCGAUAAACAGCCCACAUUUAUUGAUGCUAUCGGGAGUGGGUCCCAAGGAAGAUCUAGAAAGGGCUGGCAUCCCCACAAUACAGGAUUUAAAAGUGGGCUACAACCUGCAAGACCACAUGGCCAUGUCCACCUUAGUUUUUCUUGUGAACGAAUCCAUAACAAUAUCCGAUUUAGAAAUGCAACGGCCCCGUUUUAUCUAUGAUUACAUCAUCAAUGGGAAGGGUCCGUAUACAAUCCCUGGGGGAGCUUUGGGCUACGGCUUCGUACAAACCAAAUACAACAACACAAGUGACUACCCCGACAUAGAGCUGGUUUUGGGGGCGGGGGGUUUAAACGGGGACGUCUACGGGAGUCUUAGAAAUCUUCUAGGCAUCCCGAAUAGUUUGUUUAACAGGGUUUACCUUCCACAUUUGGGAACACCCUCUUUCAGUAUUGCUACUGUUCUAUUAAGGCCCAAAAGUAAAGGACGUGUUUUGAUCAAGGAUUCCAAUGCUUUGCACUGGCCCAUUUUCCGACCGAAUUAUUUCCAAGAAGAGGAAGAUGUUGACACUAUGGUCGAAGGGAUAAAAAUGGCAAUAGCGAUGACAAAAACCAAGUAUUUCCAAAAAUACAACGCCCGACUGAACCCAAUACCAUUCCCAGGUUGUGAAAGCCUCCCAUUCGCAACGGACGAAUAUUGGAGGUGUUCGAUUCGCCACGUCUCCACAACUUUGGGCCAUCAAGUUGGCACCUGCAAAAUGGGGCCCAAGACCGACGAAAGAGCCGUCGUGGAUGCGGAGUUAAAAGUUCACGGUAUUGGAGGCCUGAGAGUUGUCGAUGGGUCUGUAAUGCCCAAUAUCGUAGCUGGGCAUACCAAUGCUGUGAUAAUGAUGAUUGGGGAAAAGGCUGCAGAUUUGAUAAAAAGUAAAUGGAGGAACGUUUGAAGAUUUUUUUGUUAUUUAUUUUUUAAUAUAUGUAUAUAUUACAAAAGAUCCAGGUUUUUUUAACUUGUCCACCCAAUUUUAAUGUAUUUUUUCAAAAGCACGUUUGUAGAAAAACAUAAUUAAUAUUCAAAACAUCAGUACCUUGGCGUGUCA